AUGUUUUUGAUUGGUCACUGUAACAGAUAUGGGACGAAGAAGAGGAGGGACUCUGAAGAUUCUGUUACUGUUGAUAUUCUGUCUGCAAGCCUUCACUGGUCAAUGCCAAGAUUCAGGGCAUCCCGCUGACCUGAGGAUAGUUCUGAUAGGGAAGACUGGAUCAGGGAAGAGUUCAACAGGAAACACCAUCCUGGGGAGAAAGGUGUUUAGAGAAGACCUCUCCCCUGAGUCUGUCACUGUUCACUGUGAGAAACAGAGUGGAGUGGUGGAUGGGAGGAAGAUUGAUGUCAUCGACACCCCGGGGCUCUAUGACACAACAAUGUCUAAAGAAGAGAUGAAAAGUGAGAUAGAAAAGGCCAUCUACAUGUCAGUCCCAGGACCUCACGCCUUCCUGCUGGUGAUCAGACUGGGGAGGUUCACAGAGGAGGAGAGGAACACUGUGAAGUGGAUCCAGGAGAACUUUGGAGAAGAAGCAUCAAAGUACACCAUCAUUCUGUUCACCGGAGGAGACCAGCUGGAGGACAAAUCAAUGGUGGACUUUCUAAGUGAGAGUGAGGAGCUUAUGAAACUCAUCAAGGUCUUUAAGGGAAGAAAUCAUGUCUUCAAUAAUAAAAAGAAGAAUGACAACACUCAGGUCACAGAGCUGCUGAAGAAGAUAGAUGAGAUGGUGAUGAAGAAUGGAGGAAAACACUACACCAAUGAGAUGUACCAGGAGGUCCAGAGGAAGAUCGAAGAGGAGGAGGAGAGGAAGAGACAGGAGGAGAAGGAGAGAGAGGAGGAGGCGAAGAAGAAACAGGAGGAGGAGAUCAGAAAACGGGAAGAGAAGGCGAGAGAGGAGGAGAGGAAGAGACAGGAGGAGAAGAAGAGACAGGAGGAGGAGAUCAGAAAACGGUUAGAGAAGAUAAGAGAGGAGGAGAGGAAGAGACAGGAGGAGAAGAAGAGAAAGGAGGAGAAGAAGAAACAUGAGGAGGAGAUCAGAAAACAGGUAGCAAAGGCGAGAGAGGAGGAGAGGACGAGACAGCAGAGGACGAGGAAGUCGUCGUCAGAUGGCAUAUUGGGAUUGUUAGCAACUGUUUUCACAGCGGUGGUAGCAGGACCAUUAGCAAUUCCAGUUGGAGCUGCUGUAUUUGCAAAUGAAUUAGCUGAACAUUUAGACGAUUCCGAUUAAAUGAGGAAGAGGAGGCAAUGUGAAGUACCACUCUCUUCCACAUCUUAAUGUCAAGUAGUAGCAGUACAAUAUAUUAAUACUGUACAAUGACAACCAUCAUUGUUUGAUUGUUCAACACUUUCUAACACGAUCAGUUAUUUACCAUGUUUAUUAUUCAGAGGCUUAGGGAUAAUAACAUACUGUAGGAUGACAUUUAUAACUCAACAAAAACAAACAGACAGAAAAAAAUCUGAAAUCAUGUUUCAUUAACUAGAUAGUUAAUAAGUUAGAAUGGGUAAAGGCAUUCUAGGUAUCUAGAUAUCUACAGUAUUGAUGUAUCUACCCUCCCUCCCUGGUCUGUGUUCUCUCUCUAGCCUCUCUCUACCCUCCCUCCCUGGUCUGUGUUCUCCCUCUAUCCUUCCUCCCUGGUCUGUGUUCUCCCUCUAGCCUUCCUCCCUGGUCUGUGUUCUCCCUCUAGCUUCUCUCUACCCUCCCUCCCUGGUCUGUGUUCUCCCUCUAGCCUCUCUCUACCCUCCCUCCCUGGUCUGUGUUCUCCCUCUAGCCUCUCUCUACCCUCCCUCCCUGGUGUGUGUUCUCCCUCUAGCCUCCCUCUACCCUCCCUCCCUGGUGUGUGUUCUCUCUCUACCCUCCCUCCCUGGUGUGUGUUCUCCCUCUAGCCUCUCUCUACCCUCCCUCCCUGGUCUGUGUUCUCCCUCUAGCCUCUCUCUACCCUCCCUCCCUGGUGUGUGUUCUCCCUCUAGCCUCUCUCUACCCUCCCUCCCUGGUCUGUGUUCUCCCUCUAGCCUCUCUCUACCCUCGCUCCCUGGUGUGUGUUCUCUCUCUACCCUCCCUCCCUGGUGUGUGUUCUCCCUCUAGCCUCUCUCUACCCUCCCUCCCUGGUGUGUGUUCUCCCUCUAGCCUCCCUCUACCCUCCCUCCCUGGUCUGUGUUCUCCCUCUAGCCUCUCUACCCUCCCUCCCUGGUGUUUGUUCUCCCUCUACUGUUAAACACUUAGUGUUAAACACCACAUGAUUAACACAGUGAGUAAUGUUGUAAUGUACUGUACGUCACAACUAUAUUUCUACUGUACUUCAUUACUGUAUUUCUACUGUACCUCAUUACUGUAUUUCUACUGUACUUGGGAAAAGAACAUUACUUUAACAAUUACAAAGAGGGAUUUUGUAUCGUAGACCUACUGAAAGGGAUAUAGAGGGUAUAGAUAUAGAGAUUAUAUAUUGUAGACCUACUGAAAGAGAUAUAGAGGGAUUAUAUAUUGUAGACCUACUGAAAGAGAUAUAGAGGGUAUAGAUAUAGGGAUUAUAUAUUGUAGACCUACUGAAAGGGAUAUAGAGGGAUUAUAUAUUGUAGACCUACUGAAAGAGAUAUAGAGGGAUUAUAUAUUGUAGACCUACUGAAAGGGAUAUAGAGGGAUUAUAUAUUGUAGACCUACUGAAAGAGAUAUAGAGGGAUUAUAUAUUGUAGACCUACUGAAAGGGAUAUAGAGGGAUUAUAUAUUGUAGACCUACUGAAAGGGAUAUAGAGGGAUUAUAUAUUGUAGACCUACUGAAAGGGAUAUAGAGGGAUUAUAUAUUGUAGACCUACUGAAAGGGAUAUAGAGGGAUUAUAUAUUGUAGACCUACUGAAAGAGAUAUAGAGGGAUUAUAUAUUGUAGACCUACUGAAAGGGAUAUAGAGGGUAUAGAUAUAGAGGGAUUAUAUAUUGUAGACCUACUGAAAGGGAUAUAGAGGGUAUAGAUAUAGAGGGAUUAUAUAUUGUAGACCUACUGAAAGGGAUAUAGAGGGAUUAUAUAUUGUAGACCUACUGAAAGGGAUAUAGAGGGAUUAUAUAUUGUAGACCUACUGAAAGGGAUAUAGAGGGAUUAUAUAUUGUAGACCUACUGAAAGGGAUAUAGAGGGAUUAUAUAUUGUAGACCUACUGAAAGGGAUAUAGAGGGAUUAUAUAUUGUAGACCUACUGAAAGGGAUAUAGAGGGAUUAUAUAUUGUAGACCUACUGAAAGGGAUAUAGAGGGAUUAUAUAUUGUAGACCUACUGAAAGGGAUAUAGAGGGAUUAUAUAUUGUAUAAAUAUAGAAGUCUAUUAAUUAGUAUGUUAGUAUGAUUAUUAGUGUGUUGUGCUGUAUAAUGUUUUAUGAUUUACCAAUCUGUGAUGGACAUUUGAUGGACAACCUUUAGUCGUUAGUGUUAACUAACUGUUGCAUGUUUGAUUUCCCCAGAUUUAAACUAUGUGAAAUCCAGAAAA